AUGCGCCGCACAGCAUUGCGGGCCAUCGAGUCCGCGAAGCCAUUGGCUAGAGCUCCUCGCGCUGUGUCAAGAAGCUACUCUACCAUCAACGACGCGGCCAAGGACCCCGCAGACCUCGAACAGAUCACCACUCUUCCCAAUGGAGUCCGCGUCGCCACGGAAUCUUUACCCGGUCCCUUCGCUGGUGUCGGAGUUUAUGUCGAUGCCGGAUCUCGAUAUGAAGAUGCUAGCCUGCGCGGUGUCAGCCACAUCAUGGAUCGCCUCGCCUUCAAGUCUACCAAGGCUCGCUCCGGAGACCAAAUGCUCGAGAUUCUCGAAUCUCUCGGCGGCAACAUCCAGUGCGCAUCAUCCCGAGAGUCCCUGAUGUACCAGUCCGCCAGUUUCAACUCAGCGGUCCCUACCACACUCGGUCUGCUGGCAGAGACCAUCCGGGACCCCUUGAUCACCGACGAGGAGGUUCUGCAGCAACUCGCAACGGCGGAAUACGAGAUCGGCGAGAUUUGGGCCAAGCCCGAACUCAUCCUACCGGAAUUAGUGCACAUGACUGCCUACGCCGACAACACCCUUGGAAACCCUCUUCUGUGCCCGGAAGAACGACUGGGUGAAAUCAACAAGACCGUGGUGGAACGAUACCGGGAAGUCUUCUUCAACCCAGACCGCAUGGUUGUUGCUUUUGCCGGAGUGCCACACGCAGAGGCUGUCAAGCUCACAGAACAGUACUUCGGUGACAUGAAGGCGCGUGACAACAGCAAGACCAAGGGCCCCGUCUUGUCAGGCAGUGGAAUUGAAACCACGCUCUCUGAUUCUCAGCAGGCUGUCCAUGAAGGCCAAGUGCCGACCGUGCCUUCAUUCACACCCUCAUCGACUAUCAGCAGCCCGGCGGCUUCACAAAACACACAAUCCUCGCUUCUGUCAAAACUCCCAUUCCUCAAAAACCUGACAUCCAACAAGCAUAGCUCCGUUGAGCCUCUCCACCCAUCUUUGGUUGAACCCUCCGCGCUGGAUCUCCGCCAACCCGCUCACUACACCGGUGGCUUCAUUGCCCUCCCACCUAUCCCUCCCCCAGCGAGCCCUAUGCUUCCUCGACUGAGUCACAUCCACCUUGCAUUUGAGGCCCUCCCCAUUUCCUCGCCUGAUAUUUAUGCUCUCGCUACGCUUCAGACCCUGCUUGGUGGUGGCGGUUCGUUCUCUGCCGGUGGCCCCGGAAAGGGCAUGUACUCGCGUCUUUACACCAACGUGCUGAACCAGCACGGCUGGGUUGAGAGCUGCAUUGCUUUCAACCACAGCUACACCGACAGCGGAAUCUUCGGAAUCACCGCAUCCUGCAGCCCAACCCGGACAACAGAGAUGCUCGAGGUCAUGUGCCGCGAGCUGCAGUCCCUCACCCUUGACACUGGUUUCUCUGCCCUGCAGGCGCAGGAAGUCAACCGCGCCAAGAACCAGCUGCGCUCUUCGCUGUUGAUGAACCUGGAGUCUCGCAUGGUCGAGCUCGAGGAUCUCGGACGUCAGGUCCAGGUCCACGGCCGCAAGGUCAGUGUUCGGGAGAUGUGUGAGCAAAUUGACGCGCUCACUGUUGACGACCUCCGUCGCGUGGCUCGUCAAGUCUUCGGCGGUCAAGUCCAGAACAAUGGCCAGGGUACUGGAAAGCCCACUGUCGUUUUGCAGGAAGGUGAAUUGGAAGGCUACAAGCUCCGGUCCUUCCCCUGGGAGGAGAUACAGGAGCGCAUCGCCCGGUGGAAGCUUGGUCGGAGGUAA